AUGUAUAACCUCAUAAUUAUAUUUUAUUUAAUACUGUUAACUAAUAGUCAAAAAGUCCGUAACGCGUCACGGACCGAUCUGAUGAAAUGUAAAUUAACAAAAACUGGAAUGGAAUAUAGAGGUACGAUAGCAAAAACUGCUGGCAGCGUACGGUGUCAAUCAUGGUACACGGAAGAGCCAGUACACGAGAUUAAUAAGGAUAUAGGAGAUAAAGAUUUUCCGGAGAAAUCGAUGAAGGCUGCGAAAAAUUACUGCAGAAAUCCUACGGGUGAUGGUAGAGGUCCAUGGUGUUAUACAAUGGAUCGCAUGCUUAUAGACGACGAGUGCGAUGUACCACUAUGUAAUUUCGGAGAGUGUAGAUUAUCUGGACCGGGAUCCGAAUAUGGAGGUACCAAAGAGAUAACUGCAACCGGGAAUAAAUGUAAAUCAUGGGCUAAGCGAUAUCAGCUUCAGGACUCGAAAAGUAUGAAAUUCACGGAAAAAGACUUUCCCGAUAGAUCGCGUAAGAAGGCUGAAAACUUUUGUAGAAAUCCUUCGGGCGAUGUGGGCGGGCCAUGGUGCUACGUCGAUGAAGAAAACUUUGAAUUCGUUCAGAAACAAUACUGCGAUAUUCCAUUUUGCGACGAUAAAGACUGCCUAACGUUUACAAGAAAUACAUCUGAUUAUACAGUACUUACGAAAAUAUACGGAGAUAGUGGUAACAUUUCAUUUUGGACUAAAUUGUGGAAUCCUGACGAUGAGAAAAAGGGAAUUGUACCCAGGGAGAGGCUUACAUACUACGUUGUAGAAGACCCUUGGCCACCAAACUGCGUGUCUGACGUGAAAGAUUAUCAAUUCGUAGGCUCGCAGUGGACAAGUCACAACGAAGUCCCUUGCGUUCCGUGGAUAUCUAAAGAAGUUCCGGGAGAAGAGAAGAACGAUGAAAAAUUUGUCGAUGGAUCUGCUUUAAAAGCGCUUAAUAAAUGUAGAAAUCCCACUCACGAUCCCGACGGUCCCUAUUGCUACGGAUAUACCCCUUGGCAAACUGAGACCGUUACGAAACGCUAUUGUACGAUUCGCCCGUGUAGAUCAUCGGAAUGUAAAAUGGCUGGUACUGCGAAUGAUUACGUAGGUAAGCUUUCGAAAACGCGAUCCGGACGUGUCUGCGACAAAUGGCCUCUCUCAUCUGAAGAAAUGGCGUCGAAACUUACGCCACCCAAACCUACAGCACCCAAGCCUGCGAGAUCGGCAUUUAUGUCACCAACAUUCGAAACGAUUCACGAGAAUCAGUUGCAAAGAUACUUCUAUGGACCGCAUUAUUUCGCAUUUCCUACGCCCGUCGAACAUAUGAAAGCUCGUUCCGUCCCGUGGAAACCGAAGGGAAUAGGAGGUUCCAAGCAGAUCUCUGGUCGAGAGACCUUUAACAGCAGCAUGUAUCCUGAAGGAAGUGCCACGAACGCGAGCAAUUAUUGUAGAAAUCCAUCACGCAACAUAGCUGGCUCUUGGUGCUACACCACAGACCCGUUGUUACCUCGGGAUCUUUGCAAUGUCAAAGACUGCGAAAAGCCGG